CAUGAGUUAGUACACAUCAUGAUCAAAACAUCCGGCUGAAUAAACAUGGCCGGCACAAGGUUACCCAUAGCGGCUCUUUCUCUCAAACAGUUCUUGCAGCGACAAAAGGUUUUGGGGAUCUACAGGAACAUGUUAAGGACAAUCCGACAAGUCCCAGAUCCGGCUGACCAGAAGUACCUCAGAGACUGGGCCAGGGACGAGUUCAAGAGGAACAAGAGCGCCACUGAUCCGGAUGCCAUUCGGAUGAUGAUCACACAGGCAAAUAAUCACCUUGAAGAACUGCAGAGGUCUUUAGCCUUGGCCAGGUAGCAUCUGGUCCCAUGAAGGUCUGGACUGUCUGAGUAGUGUCCUCUGUGGGGAGGACACUUAUCAUUUGGACUUGAACUGAGCCAUCUGCAGGUUUUUGAACACUUGCCUUUGAAACCUGCAGCCUCUGAUUUCACUGAAUAUGCUACCCAAAUGUGUCAAUAUCUGACUGUGGCCACAAUUUGAUGGAUUUAAUUCCUCAAACAAUGUUAUAUGUAAUAUUGUUAGGAAAGAAAUGUAGCUGUAAGGUUCUUUUAAUAAAAACAAUGUUUUCUGGAGUGCUUAUUAAAA